CAGGCUCAAGGGUCAAGAUGCUAAGGGGUCAGCGGUGGGGGGGCACAGGGGAGCACAUCUUCAAGUCAGUCCUGGCCAAUAGAUAUGGUUCAGGGAAGAGGUGUGCAUAUGAUCUAGAAGGUCCCCUGCUGGCUGGGUACAGCGAACGCUACUUCCUUGGUCACAGCAUACAGAACCACAUCGAUGAAGAUCUCCUGCCAUUCCAGUGGUGUUGUAUCGAAUCUCCUCUAUGCCACCUGUACCUUGAAAAGAGACCAAUGGACCGCUGCCAAGGUUAUGGCUGGUCCAGCCCUGACUGCUGCACCCAAGCCAAAAAGUCAACACAGGCUCAAGGUAUAGCGAUGGUGUUUGGUAGCCUCCAUUUCAUCACAGUCGAUGGUUCAGAGUACUCCUUCAAGGCCCUGGGAGAGUUUGUGAUAUUGCGUCUCUCCUCCACCACCGGCUCUAAUAUCUUCACCUUGCAAGGACAGACUGACAGGCUACGCAUAGAUUCAAAGCAGAUCAUUGAAAUCCCAGUGAUGGUGCGCAUGGCUGCCUUCCACCAGGGCAUUGGCAAGAUUGAAUGGAGAUGCUCAGAGGAAGAAGAUGGACUCCAGGUUUUUGUGGAUGAUGUUAAGGUCCCAGUCACAGUUGGUGUUGUGUACCUGGGUGAGAAGGACUUUACUGUGCACUGUACCUCAGUGACUCGCUGUGCAGCGGUGUACGCUGGGGGUCUCCAUGUGGUGGUGUGGCGGGGUGUAGGCAGCAAUCAGCUAGCGGCCUUGGUGGAGGUUCCUCAGGUCUACUACAACCGCACUGUGGGUCUCCUGGGUCUCUGGAGCACCAACCGUUCUGAUGACUUCCUCAUGUCCGAUGGCAGGAUCCUUUCCUCUGCAGACCUCAACCCCCCCACAGAGGAGAGACUGCAGUACUUUGGCCUGUCCUGGACAGUCCCAGUCCCAGAGAGCCUGUUGUUCUCUCAACCUCCAUUGGUUCCACUGGUGCCUACCUCCACUGAUCAGCUGCUGAGAGGCACCGGUCCUGCUGAGGUGGAAACAUUGCUGAGAGCUUGUGAGCACCACAUACAGUGUGUCCAUGAUGCCCUGGCAUCUGGCAGCUCUGACCUGGGCCUGCAGACACUGGACACCAUGAAGCAAUACCAACAGCGGGCACAGAUCUAUGGUAACAUGCCUCCCAUAGUGACAGAGCCCACAGUGAUCCGCUGUAAGGUCAGCUCCACUGUCAAGAUUCAAGUUGUUGCUCAGGACCCCAAUGGAGACCCCAUCACCUACGCACUGGUCCAGCCCAGGCCUCCACAGACUUUUAUUGGCAGCGGUGAUGGCUACCUGACAUGGACUCCCCUCAGCACUCAGCCUGUCCAGCUGACCAUUAGAAUCAGUGAUGAGCUCACCAGCUCCUUGCUCACCCCCAUUCUGCAGGUCUGCAACUGCUUCAAUGGAGGAACCUGCCAGUAUGACAGCAUCGCUGAAAACCACCAGAAGGGAAAGUUUCAGGUGGUGGGGUGUCUGUGCCCAAAGGGGUUCAGCGGGGUGUUCUGUGGGAACAUUUCAGACGUAUGUCAAGGCAAACCCUGUUUCCGAGGGGUGAAUUGCAAGUCGGACUUGAAGCCCGACCAGUUCACCUGUGGGGUGUGUCCUAAUAACACCUUUUCCAUGGGAAAAGAGGGAUACAAGUGCUUUGAACAGGAUAUGUGCAGCCCUCCUUUCCCCUUCCCUUGCCACAAAGAUGCCACCUGUCAAAGCAUGAAGGACACCUACAACUGCACUUGUAAGCCUGGCUAUGAUGGAAACGGACACAAUUGUACAGAUAUAGAUGAGUGUGCGUGGCUCUCAACCUGUCCCAAUGCCAAGUAUGAGUGUAAGAACAAGCCCGGUUCGGUCGACUGCCUCUGUAGAUACCAGAAAACCAGCUCCAGUGAAGGAUGUGGUGACUCUGAAAACCCGCCAGGGAAUAAUGUAUUCAAUGUCUCUGUGAACUGGAAGAGGACCAGACCUGAUGGACUUGAAAAGCUGAUAGACAUUUUGUGGAUGGGUUUCCAGAACAAAUUCUACAAUGCCAGUAAGAAGAUCCUACAACAGGGAUCCAUUCUGGGUUUGGAUGAAUAUCGUAUCAACGUGUCCAGUGACACACCCCACUGGUAUGUCAGAGACUACCUGGCCAGAGUCAGCAGCCACUUUGACAUUAGGGCCAUUGAAGUUGAUGAUGUGGAUGAGUGUAAAGCCAAGGAGUCAGUGUGUGUCCCUCCUGCCAUCUGCACCAACACUUACGGAGGAUACAGGUGCAUCUGCAAUGGCACAGAUGUGGAUGAAACCCAGGUCUGUUUAACAGCCAAACCAGAGAGAAUCAACGACAAUAAUGUGGGGCUGGACCUUGUUCUGAGGCUGGUUCUAGGCAUCGGCAUCCCUCUGCUCCUGCUGCUCCUCUUGGUUGUACUGACCUGGCUCUGCUGCUGUUGCAGGAAGACUGUUCCUGCAGACCAACCCCCUGUGUUGCCAGACUACAUCCAGGAACAGUACAACCCUCCACCCUUCAACUACUCUGACCCUGCCCUGAAGUACAAUACCCACUGCAGCCCCCGGAUCUUAGACAACAUCACAAUCACACCCAGAUAUCGCCUCAGAUAGCACAUACUAAAACCAUAAGCAUACUGUAUUGUAAAUGGAAAUCAUUCACAUAGACACUGAAAAGCACACAUAGAAAUGCACAGGCUUACAAACACAAUGCAAAGCACAUUUGGAGCCACUAUACUGUAUGUUUUAUAUGGACAAGAUGAAUUACUCUUAUUUAUAUAGUAACAUACAAGUAAUUAUACCUGAGUGACUUUUAAAGUCCUUU